GUAGUUCUGUUUUUUCUUGAGUGGCUUGUCUUUGUGGGAGUUAUAGGCUUCCUAACAUUCUAGAUAAUCUUGCAAACCAUUUGGAAAAAUGAGGAGGAGGAGCAGGAGGUGGAUGACAUCGCCAUGUUGCAGAAGCCUCCACCCAUCAAUGAAGAGCAGCAGCAAGAAGAGGAGGUAGAUGAAUAUGAAUUGAAUGAGUAUGCAGACGAUGAUGUAUUUGAGUUCAAGUUCAGUGAGAAUUUCUAUGAGGACUUGGACUUCAUGGAGAACAUGAAUGAAGAGGAUAGCAAGGAGGAGGAAGAUGACGACGCUGAUGACAGCGAUGAUUCAGGAACUUCUAGUGUCUUUUUAACUGUUAAUAGAUUCCUGAAGGAGGAAGUUAAGUAUAAGAUGUAUUAUUACUUUCAUGACCUUGACGUUCUGGAGUCACAAUCAGUGGUCACUGAUGAGCCAGCUGCAUGUGAGUGUGACUCUUCAGAUGACGCAUUUGAAGGAAUUGCCGAUGAGGAGCAUUGGGGAAAGGAAGAAAAUGGCGACUUGGAAGGAUGGUUUUACAAGAAUUGGGACUACCAGGACAGGAACUCUCCAGAAUGCUACUUCCCUGAGGAACACAGCUGCAAAGCUUAGAAGGAAGAAAUGUGUGAAGAAAGAGGGAGAAAAAAGUUAUUAAUUUUCUGAAAAUUGACUUUGUUCUACAGUUCAUCACAGAAGGGCCAUCUGCUGACAGGUGACUUUCCACUCACUUCAUGGAUGCUUUUGGCCAUGUUCAAAAUAAAAGUUUGUUUGUGCUGCA